AUGUUAAAAAAUAAACAAAACUUUUCCGACGACGAAGAAAGUCGACUUGAUGAAACUGAUGGAGGCUGGAGCGUCGAAGAAGAUACCGGGCAAGAUCAACAAAAUGACGAAACAAAUUAUGACGAAUAUAACGAUUAUGAGCAAGAUUCAGAAGAAAUCGAAGACGAUGAAGAAGAUGAUUAUGGAGGAAAAAGGCGAGAUAAAAAACGUCACAAGGGUAAUAAGAAUGAUCCGAAUUUCAUCGAUAAUAGAGAAAUUGAGACCGAAUUGAGCACUUAUCAUCGGGACAAUAGACGUGCUGUCGCUGAAAUCGAAAGAUCAGUAUUCGAGGAAGAUAAUUUUGAUGCUGAAAGGGUAGCUCAAGUACUCAAUGAACGUUAUCGUAGAACCGCGGGUAGGCUAAGUGAUGAUGAAGAGGAUUUAACUAAACCUGAAAUCGCUACUGUCGAUAAAUUGUUUGCUGUAAAGUGUAGAAAAGGACAUGUAUUUCAUGCAAUUGACAGAUUAGAGAAUUUGAAGAAACUUCGAUCCGAUCCAUUGAAAAUUAAAAGAGUUAUUGCUAUCGAUGGUAUCGAAGACUUCGUGUACAUAGAAGCUGAUAAGGAACAAGACGUUCAAAAUGCGGCUAUGAGAUGUAAUAAGUAUUUAUAUUCUUCAAAGAAGAACAUAAAGAGACUUAGUCCAAAAGAAAAGCAGGAUUUAAUGGCCCCAAAGAAGCCAAGAUUAAAUAUCCAAAUUGGUUCAUUUGUUAGAACUAACAAACGUGACGAAUAUUUCGGGGAUCUUGCCAGGGUCACUUCGUAUAGUACUGAUGAAAUAAUAGAGGUUGAGAUUAUUCCACGCAUACUUGUAGAUCAAGAUGGAGCCUCACUUAAGCGUAAACACGUUGAAGAUUUUUUAAAGGCAAAAUUUGACAAUGAGUCCAUCAUGAUGGAACUUUCAAAUGUGGCUAGUAAGAUUACUGUUUACGAAAUACAAGAUGAAAUCAAAGUUCUUCAAGGAUCUCUCAAAGGUUCAGUCGGUACCGUAAUAUCGGUUAAAGAUGGUGUUUUAACCAUCACUGAUAAAGAGAAUGGCGGUAGAAUUUUUAAAGUGAAUUCAGAAGAAUGCGUUAAAAAUAUUAAUGUUCAUGAUUAUGUGCAAAUCACGAACGGUCCAUAUCAAGGUCAAAGUGGUUUUGUUUUUAAUUGUGACAGACAUGUUAUGACCAUGUAUUUAGAUCAUACCAACAAACAGAUUUCGGUCUUUGCCAAAGAUUUAAAAAAAGGUGUUCAAAAUUCUAUCGUUAAUGAAUUUGGCGGAUUUAGAUAUUUUGAUUUAGUUCAAUUAAAAGAUUCUUCAGUUGGAAUUAUCAUUGAUAUUAGAAAAGCUCAAAAAAACUAUGAAUAUGACGUGUUGAAUUCCGAAAAUAAUUUAGUCAAAAGUGUUACGACGGCAAGUAUAACGAGAUCUUUGCAUGACGCAAAAAGUCAAACGUUUAAGAAAGGUGAUCAAGUUGUUACAAAUAAAAUGGAAACUUAUGUGUUUGUCAGAACUUACGAUGAUGAUACAAACUUGGGAUUUUCAUGUUUCAAAACUAAAGAUUUAAAAUUAAAAUAUGAAUCAACCAAGUCCUCCAAAGUUAAUGAUCAACAGAUUACCUUUCCUAAACAGAGAUUUCGUGAUAAUCACAAUAAUAGAGGAGGGGGGGGUCGUGGUGGAAGAGAAGGUCGAGGCAGAGGACGUGGUCGAUCGAUAUACCGACAUCCUUUAUUAAAUAAGAGAGUGCAAGCAUCACAAGGUGCUCUUAAAGGAUAUCAGGGUACGGUUAAAGGGGUAUAUGGCAAUAUGGCAGAUGUCGAAUUUGAUGCCAAAUUAACGACUGUUAAAGUUGAACUCGAACAACUCUUUCACGUCAAUGAGAAAGGAGAAGCAUUGGAUCCAGUUAUACCAAGAAAUCGUGAAUCUAGUAGAGGCUCCAUGGAAAUUAGUCCUGGAUUAAGCUCAUACUCCGAACCAAGUUGGACAACGGGAUUAAGUAAACAACAAAAGAGUUGGGGAUAUUCGUUGGGAUCUACUAUGACAUCAAAUACACAUUUAUUGGAUAGUGCGAACAGUGGAUUGAAUAUGGAUGGGAGUAAAACACCCGCAUUACAUAGCAGCGGAUUACUUAGUGGCAGUAAAACUCCGGCGUUACGUAAUAGUAGCGCAAACCAUAGUAAUAAUAACCAUACAUCACUUGGAUCAAAAACGCCAGCAUGGGAUCUUGGUAGCAAAACUCCUGCAUAUGGACUAAUGUCAGACGGUAGUAAAACGCCUGCAUGGGAUUCAGGAAGUCACACACCACAUUCCUCCGGUAUAGUAGGUGGUAAUAGUGGUAAUAAUAGCGUCAGUAACAUAAGUAACAUAUUCGGGGGUAGUAAUAGUAGUUCGGCCACAGCUAAUACGAAUGCGACGAUAAAUAUUACCUCUGUUGCUGCCGAAACACCUGGAUAUUCAGGAAUCACCAAUACACCAGGAUACUCAGCCGUGGCUACACCAGCAGCUGAUACACCUAAUUAUCCUGUAUUUACACCCGCAAAUACCGGUAGCCUUAUACCACCUACCCCAAGACCGUUUACUCCUGGUAAUUUACCCAUGACACCUGCCAAUAUGAUACCACAAACUCCGUUUGCUACUCUAUCUGCUAAUCAUGCUGUACAUCAUGGCCGAGAUCCUAAAAAACCUCCAGAUGUUAAAGAUUUUGGUGAUUGGCUUACGCCAGGUAUAGAAGUACGUAUAGUAACAACAGGAAUUCAAUCAUUUGAAAAUGGUAGAUAUGAUAAUCGCGUCGGUAUAGUAGUAAGUUUAAAAGGUCCUAGUACAGGAUUUCUCAGAUUAGAUGAUAGUGAUGGCAUGACUGUGACAGUAGAUCAAAGUUAUUUGAGACCGACUGAAGUACAAAGAAGAGAUGACAUUAAAGUAAUUUUUGGUGAACAUAAAGGCGAAUUAGGUUUUUUGGCUGCUAUAGAUAAUUUAGAAGGUGUUGUUAGGUCUCAAGGUGGUGAUCAUUCUUUUAUUAAUAUUUAUUAUUUAGCUAAAUAUAGAGGUAAAGAAAUUGAAGAUCUUAUGCAAGCACCAUAG